AUGACUAGCCACGUCCGUCGUCACGGUGUAUCCAACAAAGAACUCUAUAAUGACUCGAGCAUCUACUGCGUAAGAACAAUGGUGAAACCUCCACAAGGCAUACAUUGUCGCUCCGGAGGAAAACUCAAUGACUGGCUAAAUAUGGGCAAAGGGAAUGUGGAACAACUUGAUCUCUCCAAAGAAUUCCAUCAAUAG